CGCUUAUCGCAAUUAUUUCUGGGGCAAUAUAUCACACAACAAAAAUUUGUUAUCGUAAAAACAGGCCUAGUUAAAGGUCCAUCGCUGCAGUUCAGCAUCUGUUGAGCAUGUGUUUCUCGUGUGCAGUGGGUCAUGCGGUUCUGUCUAUUAACGGGGUGGAUGUGACUGUUAAAUACACCACUGAAGGGAAAGAGAUCCUGGAAUAUCUGAAAGAUCCUGCCAACUAUCCAGUGUCCAUCAGAUUUGGGCGACCUCAUCUCACCUCCAAUGAGAAGCUCGUGCUGGCAUCAAUGUUUCAUUCGCUGUUUGCCAUUGGAUCACAAUUAUCACCUGAAGUUGGCAGCUCUGGCAUUGAAAUGCGGGAGACAGACAUGUUUAAACUGCACUGCUUUCAAACACUCACAGGUAUACAGUUCAUUGUAUUGGCUGACCCUCGACAGUCUGGUAUUGAUGCCCUUCUAAGAAAGAUUUAUGAGAUCUACUCAGACUUUGCACUGAAGAAUCCUUUCUACUCUUUAGAAAUGCCUAUCAGAUGUGAGCUUUUUGACCAAAAUUUGAAGAGUGCCCUGGAGAUAGCAGAGAAAGCCGGAACAUUUGGACCCGGGUCCUGAGCUGGACUUGCAUUGAAGUCAUUCACCUGACAGGAUCUCCAGAUGCUCUGAAGUCAAACUUGUCCAGAACAAACUUAAAGGAAUCAACAAGGAAUAUGAACAAGAGUUUUCCUCAAGCUCAAACGAUUUACCUUAAAGACAACUAUGAACAUUUUUCUUGAAAUUGCAUCCAAAAUUUACAGUGACAAACAUAUUUGUAAAUAAUGUACAUAGACACCGUUUAAGUCUGUAAUGUGCAGAACAUCUAUACAAGACAGAGCAGCUGAAGAUGCACAAUACAUGCUCUUUGAAACAUGUUUAUUAGCGUCUUUACAUUCAUUAAAUUAAAUGUACAUGUCAUUCGCCUUCUGUCGGCAGAAUAUGAAAAGUCUACUGUACCUUGAUCAGUUUCUCUAACUUUUUUAUUUAUAUAAACUCAUUUCAUUGUGCUAUUAAACAUUCAUGUGACAUAACACGUUGUCACAUUUCAGUAGAUACGUUUAUGAAUUUGUAGUACUGCAGAUACAGAGGACCAGUUAAAGCUUUAAAAUGGAUGGGAGGUACAAGAAAUACGUUUAUUUAUUUUACCUGUUUCGAUAGCAAUAAAAUGUUAAUACCAGUGAAGAAAUGGCUUUAACGUGCCUUAACCAAAAGACAAAGUUGUGCAAUGUAAGCACUGAGUGAGCAGAUUCAGAACAAUGUAAAAUACUGUCAUCCAUUUUUAAAAUGAACAGAAUAAAUAACAUGAUGUGCAGAAAGUGACACAACAUGGUAUCCUAUUUCAUAUGUCGCUAAAAUAGUGUAAUACCUUGGGAAUAGAUAUCCACAGCGAAUUUAUUAUAUUU